AUGUCCGUCUUUCUUCCCACAAAUACUCCCGAUACACAGACGCCUUUCACUUACGCAGAGUUCCUACAUCCCCCGAGUAGAAUCAUCGCCUUCGCAAUAGCCGUUCGCAAGGGAAGCAUCGAGCUUCCACAAACUUCGCCUGCGGACGUUCACGUCUUCUGUGUAGAAUGUUCCAGGCGCCAUGGCUUGACGGGUCAAGCUCCAGAUCGCCGCAAACUGUGUCCGGCCUGCGAGUGCCAGCUCAACAACCCAGACGAUGCCGUGGUAACCAAUUUAAACCUGACCGAGGACUACAAGACAAGUGUUCUCAGCGGGUUGAGCCCCAACAUCAUCAUGGAAUGCACGGGAAGGGCCUUGAGCUUUUGGGCAUACCAGACGACCCAAGAGGUUAUAUACCAGCGCUAUCUGGAAAAGACACUUACGGAGAAGCUCAAAACCCUAAACAAAAAGUUCGAAAAGACAGUGGGUGACGCGAAUACCGACAUUCUAGGCCUUCAGGAAAAGAUACGAGAUGACUACGACGACAUGCGACGGAAACACGAAGAGCUUGCGCACUCCUACCAGGACAAGUGCCGCAAGCUCACGCAAGUUCAGGAGCUCUACGACAAGGUCAAAAGAAAAGCCGAACUAGGCCAGAUGGAGGCCGCCGCCUCCGAUGCCGUUGACUCCAACCUCCACGGUCGGAUUCUGCAUACCGUAAUGCGCAUCCCUACAUCAGGCCGGACCGAGGGCAUCAGCGAGGGCCUGCUGGCGGAGGAAGCUCUGGGGCAUUACGGGAAGACAGAGUUUGGUCAAAGCCUGGGCCUGCGCAAGUUCAACGUCCAGGCCUUGCUCCCGCAGCAUUUAAUCAUAUGCUCGAUCCUUGACACAAGCGAUGGCUCAAGAACUCAGUACGGUGUCAUGUCACGAUCCGGCCAAACGUGGUCUACCCAGAGACCCAGCCCAACAACGUGGUCAACGCGUGGAGGUGGACAGUGUUACAGUGGAACUGGCCAAGAAAGUCCAAAGACCAUGCCGAAGAAACGGAAGACGCUGCAGAAACCCAAGAGACCUGGCGCCAAGAGCGACGAAAAGGAUAAAAGGUUUGGCGUCAAAUGGCUUCAAGCAGCAGCACAUAAGUUGGUGCAUUGGUGGCGACAGCGCAGAGGAGGACGCAACCUGGCAGAAAGGAGAGAGCGGCCUAGACUGACAAUGUCGUCACCUGUGCAUUUCAUCAGCAAUCAGACGGCCGGUGGCUACAGCGCAGUGCCUGUUCUCCCAGAGCCGGGAUCUGUGGCGAUCGACGCGAGCAAGCUGGGGCUACAAUGGGAAGCAUUGGGGGCUCAUCCCAUCUGGAGGACGGGUGAAAGCGAGGAUGGGCGUUGA